UUUUCUUGGUAAUUGAACGAAUUGCUCUAAUAAUAACAUUAUGUUUUAGSAAAUUAAUAGUUUAAGUUGCUGUUUAAGUUAUUUUUAUAGGCAAUAAGCAAAAUUUGUUGCAGCUCGAUCCAAGCCAUUUCCCAUGUACCARUUCGAUCUCAUCUUCCACGUUCUAAGGUGUUGUACACGCCAACGAUUGUUCAAUUCAAUGUAUUCUUUACAUCACAAACGUCUUAAAUUCCUAUCGUGUGCUAUAGAGGGUUGAGCAGUCUUAAGUAGACCGCAGCCUUUAACUAUCAUCGCCACUAGCUGUAGUCGGGUGUGUUUGCGGAUCUAAUACUUCACAACGAGAUCACCCUAUUUCUACUCUAUUUUCACCAAUCAUGUCUGAGAAAUGCUACGAGUGCAAUCGAAUGAUUACCGACUCGACUGUGCGGUAUGCCAACAACCCGUACCAUAGCACCUGUUUCGUGUGCUGGCAUUGCCGUAAACCGCUUGCUGGUGUCACCUUCCAAAUGAGGGAUGAUAAGAAGGUUUGCAAAGAUUGCAACCGCUCUCACUAUGCCAAACGCUGUGUGGCGUGUAGAAACUUCAUUGAAGGCACCGUCAAGUAUGUAACACGUGACGAAGGCACUUAUCAUAGUGAUUGCUUCGUAUGCGCACGGUGUAGGAAACCUCUCGCAGGGAAAUCCUUCACAGAGCAUGAGGGAAAGAUGGUGUGCGACGAUUGUUACCACGAGCGUUACGCCAAGAAGUGUGAAGUCUGCAGAAACGUUCUGGAAGGAAACAUCGAGUUUGUGAAGUAUGAUGAAAAGUUCUAUCACGAAGAGUGUUUYGUGUGCAAUCGUUGCAGGAAGCCAUUGUCAGGCGAGUCUUUCCGUCUACGAGGAAGCCAGAGAAUGUGYAUCCCAUGCUCUGAUCGUUAAGAUUAGUUUGCACUAGUGUUGGCUGCUUUUUUCGAAGCCAGGAUUAAUACCAUAACGUAAUGUGUAUGUCGUGUGAAAGUCGAGAGAUAAUGCCAUUAGAUAUAGAUUCCAAGARACUAUAUAAUGGUUUCUUUCUAAGUGUAUAUCCAUAACAAAUGAUUUCGAAUCUAAUAUGUAUUUUUCACCUUUUUUACCUUCCUCUCUAAAAUUAACACACUAGACAUUUUAAUUCAUCGAUUUCACAAGAAAUAGCAGCCAUUAGGUAAAAUUGCUAAACAUCGAUUAGGCACAUUAAUUUCAAUAAACAUUAUAAAAACAAUGAA